AUGGACGGCGGGGGCGACGACGCUCGCGACGCCGCCGUCGUCGCGGAGACGCGCGGCGCGGACGCGGCGCAGCCCCUGGACGAGGACUGCGAGGUGUUAUACGAGCCCUCUCGAGGCGGAGCGUCCGCGUCUUAUCAGCCGAAUUCGCCUCGGGCGUCGUCGUCGUCGUCGUCGCGAGACGUCGACGGGGCGUCGAGCGCGCCCCCGGGCGGCGACCGCGGCGAGCGCGACUUCUGGGAGACGUUCCAAGACUUGCACUCCACGCUCGUGGAGACGACGGGCACGCACGCGAAGGGCGCGCUGCACGCGCUCGCGCCGCACUGCCUGCGGCCGUUCGCGCGCGUCACCCCCGAGCUCGUGCAGGAGCUCACGCUCGAGCACGUCAAGCUCCUGCUGCCGACGAUCGAGGCCGUCCUCGUCGCGCUGCACCGCCAUCCCGCGGGGCUCGUCUACCUCGUGGACGAGGACGAGGAAGUGGCGCACGCCGUCUUCGGAGGCGCCGCGAAUUUCGCCGCCGCCUCGUUGGAACGCGCGGACGAACUGAAGGCCACGCGCGAUGUUCGCGCGCGGUUGCUCGACCUGAUGAAGGUCCUCAUCACCCCGGGCGACGGCGAGGGCGUCGCGGAUUGGGCGACGCGCGCGGACGCGGCGCUGCGCGAGGAGGCGCAGGCGCGUCCCCCGGAGUUGCCGACGAGGCGAUGGAGCGGCCGCGGCGGGUUGCCCAGUUUUUUCGACGUCGCCGCGCCGCGAUGCGAGCUGAGCGUGUACGUGCAGCUCGUGAGGGACGCCGCGGCGAAGGCCGCGGCGAAGAGCAUCGCGCAAGAGGCUGCCGCGGUCGCGUCCGCGUCCGCGUCCGCGUCCGCGGUGGACGGCGACGCGAGCGCGCGGGCGUCGAACGAAAACGAUGACGAAAACGAAGAAGGCGACGACGGCGCGGACAGCGCGGACGAGCGCGAGGAAGUGCUCUCGUCCUUCCGCGACCUUCUCUACGGAGGCGUUCCGGAUACGGGGUACGGCGGGACGCGUUCUUCCGCGCUCGCGCGGCGUGGCGACAGCGCGCGCGAACGCCCGCGCGGUCGCGGCGGUCGCGGCGGCGGCGGCGCGGCGGCGGCGGCGGCGGCGGCGGCGGCGGCUCAGACGAACCCGUUCAUGGGUCUCCCGCUCCUCGCGCCGCCGCACGUGACGCGCACGGAGAGGCUCGCGAAGGACGUCGCGUCGUACGCGGUCGAAUCUCUCCGCGCGCACUCCAGGGCGUUGAACGCCGCCGCGGAGACGCUCUCGCGCGCGACGGCGCGCGGCGGCGGCGGCGGCGGCGGCGGCGAAAACGCAGACGCACAGCUGUCACCGCGCCACGCGCUGGCGCUCACCGCGGCGACGCUCGCGGCGCUCACGUCCGCGGCGGAGGAGACGCCGCUGGAAGCUGCGGGCGUCGUCCGCGACGCCGCGGCGGCGGCGCUGAGGCUCGGAUUAGCGCUCGCGGACGUGGACGACGACGCCCGCGGCGGCGGCGACGGAGAUCGCGACGACGAACCGGACGUCGACCUCACGGGGGCGUGCGCGGCGUCGCUGAGAAAGUACGUCGGCGCCGCGUUAUCGCGGCACCCAGCAGCACUCGCGAACGUACGCGCGUGCCUCGCCGCGACGCUUCUCGCGCGUCCGUUUCAGAGGCAGCCGCCGCUCGCGGCGGACGCUUCGGCGUCCUACGCCGCCGCCGCGUCGUUGUCGUCGUCGUCGUCGACUGCUCCGGGGAUUGCGUCGCCGUUGCUCGACGAGAACGGCGAAUUUCGACCCGCGGUCGCCGCGCGAUGGGCGCGCGUGGGCGCGAGCGAUUCAAACGCGCUGCUCGUCGCCCUCGGCGUUCUCGACGACGCCGCCGCCGCCGCGGGCGGCGGCGGCGGCGGCGGCGGCGGCUCGAGACCCUCGCGCGAUUUCGGCGGCGACGCGAUCGUCCCCGCGGGCGCGCCGACGGUCUUGCCGCCGACGACCGACACCCUCGACCGCAUCCUCGCCGCGUUGCUCUGCGCACUGUUCGCCUGGAGCCGCGGCGACGGCCGCGACGACGACGCCGCGCUCGCGCGCGCGCUCGCGAGGCACGCGCUCGCCGUCGUCCGCGGCGCGCCGAUGCUCGACCGUCACGUCGACGCGCUCCUCGUGGCGAUGAAACUCUCCGGCUCGAACGCGCGCGACGCCGGCUCCGGCGUCGCGGAGGCGACGACGACGCUCGCGCACGCCGUCUUCGGCGUGCCCACGCGCGGCGGUGGCCCGUCGCUCGCGGACGCGUGCCUCCCCCCCGCGCUGUGGGAAGGGUUCGUCCGACGCGUCGUCGUGCGCGAGACGUUUCCGAGCGCGGGGAUGUUAUCGUUGGCCGGCGGGUGGCUCGUCGCCGCGCUCGGCGAGGCCGCGGACGACCGCGACGAGUGCGGAUACGACGUCGCGCGGAGACUGUGGUCCGCCGCGCUGGACGUCGUCCGCGCCGCGGGCUGGGUCAGCGAAAGGAGCGUCGGCGUCGCGCCGUUUCAAGGCUGGUACGCCGCCGCCGCGGGGGCGCCCGGGUUUAGCACCGCCGACGCGCGCUCGACUCGCCGGUCGAAUCACCAUCACCACCACCACGCCGCUCGCGUGCGCGAGCGUCUCGAUCUGUGCCUGCUCGCGUUCCACGGGCUCCCGCGGACGCAGCGUGCGGCGUGUACGGCGUACGCGCUCGCGCUCGCGUCUUCCGGGGAGGGGUUCGGCGCGAGCGAUCGCCGCGGCGGCGCCGUCGCCGUCGCCGCGCGGUCCCACGCCGCGCUGCUGGCGGCGCACUGCCUGCGUCAUUUCGAUCGGUGCCCGGCGUGGCUCGCGGAGCGCGCGAGGAAGGUGGUCAAGGGCAAGAUGGAAGACGAGGACGACGGGGACGAGGACGAGGACGACGACGACGACGACGACGAGAACGACGACGACGAGGACGACGAAGAGAAAGACGACGUCGCGGCGGAGGGCGGCGACGACGACGCGGACGACGACGCGGACGACUUCGCCCGCGCGCUGAUGACGAUGCCGUGCGGGAUGAUAAUGAAGCCUAAGCCUAACGACGGACGGCGGCGCCGACGACGCCGUCGUCUCGGAGCAUCCGGGAGCUCGCGCGCGGGCGCGCUUCGCGCGUUGCUCGUGUCGAUUCACGACCGCGCGAGGGAAGACGACGACGGCGACGACGGCGAUUUCGCGGCGUCCGCGUCGUCGCCUUCGCUUCCCGGGGUCGUGUCCAUGGACGCCGUCCGCGCGGCGGCGAUAUCUCUCGCGGAUGGCGGCGCCACGUCAUCACAUACGAGCGAUGCAGCCGGCGCCACGUCGACGAUGUACAAAUCAAACAGCGCGCUGAGCUUGGAGCUCGCCGUCGCCGCCGCCGCGGACGCGGGCGCGCCGCCGCCGAAGGAGUCUCCCGGUCGAACCACCUCGACGCGCGCGAACGGAGAGGUGCGCGCGUACGCGAGGGUCGCCGCGUGGGAGCUUCUCAUGACGCUCCCGCCGUCGAAAUCGCCGCGCGCGUCCGAAGACGUCGUCAACGGUGAGCCGAGCUCGCCGCCGCUCGGGCGAACGCCCGGGACGAUUGCGUUUUUGUGGUCGCGAGCGGAAGCGAGCGCCGGUUGUUUGGACUCGUUGUACAUCGCGCCCGCCGUGCGCGCGAUCGCGAGCGCGUUCGGGGACGACCAAGAAACGGAGCGGUGGCCUUCGAACGCGACGGCGUCGAGGGCGGCGCUGGCGUGCGCGGCCGCGGACGUGACCUCGAGGGGCGCGUCUCACGCGCUGACGCGAGGAGGGGCUGCGUUUUCUUCUUUUUCAGACGCCGCGGCUUCGACGUCUUCGUCGCCCUCCUCCUCCUCCGAGCCCGCGUGGGCAUCGCUCGCGGACCUCGCGGUCGCGCUCGCCGCUUCGGUUAAGAAGUGGACGACCCGGACGAUCGAGCGGCGGUUCUGCCCGAGCGAAGCGCGCGCGAUUCGAUUGCUGCUCCUCGCCGGGCUUCCGUGCGCGGAGGCGUCGCGCGCGCUUCGAAAAAUUCGAAACAGCCUCGACGCGGAGAUCGCCGCGGUGACCAGAGGCGACGGAUCUUGGGACUCGCGCAGGCAGGACGCGCUGACCGCGUGCGCGGCGAUCGCGCCGCGGUCCAGGCUGGGUCCGGCGGUCAGCGACGCCGCGGUCGCGGCGCCCGCCUACCUCGGCGCCGCGUCCGGGGAUGGCACGGAAUCCGCGCUGCUCGCGUGCCAGCUGGCGUUGCACCAGUGCCUCGACGCCGCGCUCGUCGCCGUGCGCGCGGACACCUCGAUGACGGACGACACCGACGACGUCGGCACCACCGACGACGACGCCACCGACGACGACGACAACAGCGCGCUCGCAGCCAGCACCGCCGCGCGUUUAGAGCUCAUCGCGAGCGACCCCGCGUGCGAAUUCGCGUGGACCGCCGCCGGCGACGCCGCCGCCGCGUUGCGCGCCGUCGGCGGCCACCCCCCCGCGGACGGCGUCGUGACCUUCCCCAUCGACCGCGCGACGCCGUGCCCGGCGACCGCGAUCGGGGAGCUGCGCCACGACGACGCGCCCUCCGCGGUGGAGGCGGUGUUGCAAGCCGCGGCGGCGGCGGCUGGGGCGAUGCGGCUGGGCAUCGGCAGCGCGGGUGACGCCGCCGCGUUGCUCGAGGCUUCGGUCGACGCGCUGUCGAGGGAUUUGCAGUUUACGCCGGACGCGAACGUGUCGCUGAUGGAGGUGCUGAGGAAACUCGCGAGGGUGGAGCCGGCGCCCGCGUUCGCCGCGGCGUCGAUCGCGCGCUGGAACGAAGCCGCGGGGAAAGAACGCGCGUGGGACGACGACGACGACGACGACGACGACGACGACGACGCGUCUGCCGCCGCCGAGACGGUCGAGCCCCCCGCGGAAGAAGAAGACCCCGCGGGGGCGGACGUGGAGAUGAAGGACUCCGUGGACGUCGGACCCGCCGCCGCGGACUGGGUCUUGUGCGCGCUCUUGACGCCGUCGCACGCGCGAUGGAGCGCGGAGUCGUCGCUCGCGCCGGCGGAGAUCGUCUCCGAGGCGAACCGCGUCGCGAGCGCGUUUCUCGAGCUCUCGUUGUCGCCCUCCGUGGCUGUCCGCGGCGCGUCCUCCGCGCUUCUGUCAGACCUCGUGCAACACGCGCGCGAGAAGAACUCGAACGCGAACGCAGCGAUGCGAGCGCCUAUCGCGCUGCUGAGCGCGAUGCUUCGGCGGCUCCCCGUCGCGUGCGAGACGCGACCCGCCGGCGACGCGUCGCGGUGCAUUCGGACGACGAUACGUCUCGCGCUCGGGCACGGCGUCGCGGGCGCGCGCGCGGUCGCCGGCGCGCUCACUGAGUUUGUGACGAACGCGUCCGCGGUCGCGGUGGAUCAGCACGACGCGUUAGCGACGCUGCACGCGGAACUGAGGGUCAUAUCCUCGCUGUUGUCGCCGCCGUCGCCGUCGCCGUCGCCGCCGCCGCCGCCGCCGCCGCCGUCGAAAACGUACAUCGCGCGGCGGCCGCCGUCCGAGACUGGCGAUCUCGCCGCCGCGGACGCGUUCGCGUCGUGGGCCGCGGGAGGGGAACCCGCGGCCGCGGCGGCGCGGGACAUGACCGACGCGCAGCUCGACGCGAUUCGCACGUCGGCGUUGGCGCGCCUCGCGGCGAUUCGCGACCUCCCUUCGCCGGCCCCGGCGCGCGCCGCCGGCGGCGGAUCGACGUCCGCGACGACGACGACGACGACGACGACGACGACGACGCGCGCGGCGGACGCAGAGACCGCGGAGGAGAACAUUCGCGACUGGGAGCGCGAGAUGGAGAGAGAGUUUCUUCACGACCUCCCGUCCCCGAGGACGCGCGCGAACACGGCGGCGAUCGCCGCGGAGGCGGCGGAGGCUGGCCUCGAUCUCCUCCGACGGAACAUGUCGCCCGGCGCGCGGUCGCGCCUUCUCACGUCGUCGCUGUUCUCCGACUUGGACCUCUCGCUCGGCCUGAGCGGCGGCGUUGGCGGCGGCGGCGGCGACGACGACGACGACGGCGGCAUCGGCGGUGGAAGGGACGACGCGCGCGCGAACGCCGGGGCGUUGACGCCGGAGCGGGAGACGAUCGACGACGACGCGAGCUUUCUGCGCCUCGCGACGGCGUCGCGCGCGUUUAGCAUCCGCGACGGCGACGACGGCGACUCGGACCUGGACGUCGACGACGAGGACGACGAGUUCGCGAUCGCGGCCGCGAGGUUAUCCCACGCGGUGCUGAACGCAUCGGGCGCGGGUCGCGCGCAUCAGCAGCAGCAGCCGCAGCGCGCGACGACGAGCGGCGGGAUGCCGAUCCCGACGCCGCGGCCGCUCUUCGGCGGCGCCGCGGCGACGGCGGGCGUCGGCGGCGGCGGUCGAGUCGGAAUCGGCGUCGGACCGGGCGCGACCGCGUCUGACGUGUGCACGUUCGUCUCCAGCGGUUCUUCCUUCACGGAGCAGCACUGGUACUUCUGUUACACGUGCGACUUGACCGUCUCGAAAGGGUGUUGCAGCGCGUGCGCGCGCGCGUGCCACCGCGGGCACAAGGUGGUUUACUCGCGAAAAUCGAGGUUCUUUUGCGACUGCGGCGCGGGGAGCAUCCACGGCGUGGAGUGCCAGUGCCUCACCGCCGCGGACGCGGUGAUCGCGAAGGACGCGGCGAACGCGGCGGCGAGGGCGGCGAGCGAAGCCGCGGACGCGGCGUCCGCGGCGACGCGGCUCGCGACGCGCGGCGGCGGGAUCGGACCGGUCGCCGUCGCGGACGCGAGCGACAGCGAGGCGGAGGACGACUGGAGCGCCGCUGCGGACGCGAAAGCCGGGGCGGACCUCGGCCCGCCGGAGGCGAUGCGCGCGCUCAGAAAGAUGCUCGUCGCGUCGUCGCUCGCGUCUCCGCUGGUGACGCUGUGCGAGAAGGUGAUUCGCCGCUUAGAGUCCUUCUCCGACGCGGGCGCCAGCGGCGACGGCGCGUCGGCGACGCCUCCGCGGCUGGCGCUUCCCGCCGCUCCCGGCGGCGCGAUUCGCACCGUCCCCAAGACCACGCUCGCGCACCUGCGCCGGAGCUUCAAGAGCGGAUCGUUCGAGGUUCGCUGUCGCGCGGAGCACGCCGCGCCCGCGGACUUGCAGCCCGCGAUCAUGUUGGGCGCGAUACGACGCAGCGCGCUGAGCUGCUCGAGAGGCGCCGGGCUUCUCGCCGUCGCGGAAGGGGACAAGGUGUGCGUGCUGGACGCGGGCGCGCUCGCUGGAUUGGGCGGGCCGGGCACCGUCGGCGGCGCGACCGCGACCGCGACCGCGACCGCGACCGCGACCGCGACUACGGCGGCGGCGACUACGGCGGCGGCGACGACCGCGACCGCGACGACGACGUCGGCGUCGUCGGAGCCGACGAAGGUUGGCGUCCGGCCGCUGUCGCGCAGCGGCGUGAAAUUCGAAGUCGCGCGCGUGCUCUUCAACCCCGCGAACGACGCGUACCUCGCCGUCGCUGGAUACGACAUGUGUCAAGUCUUCACGCUCGGCGCGAAGGGGGACGUGGUCGAUCGCCUGCAGGUGGGCCCGGAGCAGUGGCCGCUGGACGGCAUCCUGGGCGCGAUCAUCGACGUCCAGUGGGUCCCGGCGUCGCCGAGCCUCCUCGCCGUCACGGUGUCCUCGCAGGUUGCGAUUUUCGAUCUCGCGACGUCGUCCGUCGCGCCCGUGGCGACGGUGUCCUUGGAACCAGGCCCCGGCGGGUUGCUCGCGGCGUCUUCGUUCGCGCUGUUGAAGGGCCACCUCGCGCUGUUUCUGCUCUCGGACGAGGGCGAGGCGUACUGUCACCGCUUUGCGAACGGAUCCGUCGCGGACGACGCGCGUCGAAGCGGAGGGGACGCGACGGUGGCGAAGAGCGCGCGUCUGGAGUUGCCGGAAAAGGUGCGCGGACGCGCGGGGCUGAGCAUGACGUACUCGCUCGCGCACCAUCUCCUUCUCGCGUCGUUCGACGGCGGGUACUCCGUCGCCGCGCGCGUGGACCUCGCCUCCGGCGCCGUGAAGAGCGCCAAUCUCGUCUACGAAGGCGGCGGCGGCGGCGGCGGCGACUGCGCAGACUUUGGCCCGUGCGGGUUCGCGCACUGGGGCGACGCGUGCCCGCCGCCGCCGCCGCCGCUCGCGGGGGCGACGCCCGGUCCGAUCGCGCCGCCGCCGCCGACGUUCGUGGCGGCGUCCGCGCGGAACGACGGCGGCAUCGUCGUCGUCUCCCUCGACGAUACCCCGAGCGCGCACGCCCUGAAAGCGAGCGCGGGCGCCGCGGGGGACUCGCGCGCCGCGUCGCGAUCGUCCUCCUCGAGCUCCUUGGCGACGGCGACGGCGACGGCGACGGCGUCCUCCGCGACCGCCGCGCACGUCCUCGGCGUCGCCGCGUAUCAACCCACGGACCUCGAGUGCGCGUUUCUCCUCGUGCUCCGCGACGACGGAUCGCUGCAAGUUUUCGCGCGGGAGCCGCCGCCGCCGCCCGGCGUCUCCGCGGCGGAGCGCCAGCAGAAGCAGACGGCGCGCGCGGCGAAGAGAGCGCGCGAGCGCGUCGCCGCGGCGAUGCGGCUCGGGCAGCCGCGCGCCGGGAUCGUCGGCGGCGGCGCGGCGGCGGCGGACGAGGACGCGAACGCGAACGCGAACGCGAACGCGCUCGCGUCCGACGCGGCGGCGCCGGCGGCGCCGCCCGUCGCGUUCCCGCACGAUUUCUUCGAGAAGACCAGGUGCGUCACCUCCGAGGUCCGGUUCGGCGGCGACAUCGCGCGGCGCCUGAGCUCGGAGUCGAUUCGAUCGUCCCUCGCAGCGGACGACGCGUUCGUCGAGGCGCCCGCGCCGGGGGUGUGUAAAGUCACGAUAUCGCACGCGAAGACGGACCAGGUCAUCGCGGGGGUGCGCGUUCACGUCGGGAACGGGUCGACGUCGCAGACGCCGACGUCGCUCGCGAUCGGCAUCAGCGCGGCGGCGACGCCGUCUUCUCUCAGCGUCUCCGGACCGACGGCGGCGGCGGCGACGAACUCGGCGAACUCGGCGAACUCGGCGAACUCGAGCGGCGGCGCGGGGUCAUCGACGCCGCCGCCGCCGCCCGGGGUUCCCUCGAACGCCGCCGCCGCCUCCGCCGGGAGACGCGCCGUGACGUUUGAAAUCGGCUCGCGACGGUGGUACGACGUCCCGCUCACGGACGCGGAGAUCAUCGGCGCGGAGCGGGAGUUGACGUUAUACGCCGGUCCCGCGGUGAGUCCCGGGUUCGCAGUGAGGAUCGAUCACCUCGAGGUGUACUCGAUGACGAAGAGCGCGUUCGGGUGGGACGCGAAGACGGCCGCGGCGGCGGCGAACGCGCGCGGGAAAAACGGCGGCGUUCCCGGCGGCGGCGACGGCGAAGACGGGUUGGAGGGGAAAACCUCCACGACGCGCAUGGAGCGGUUCGCGCGCCGUCUGAGCCGCCGUCGAGAUCGCGGCUUUUGCGACGACGGCGACGAAGCGCUUCUCACGGAGAGGACGUUGCGGACGGCGUUAUCGUUGCUCGCGCGGUCCGCCGCGGAUGUCGCGACGGCGGGCGACGACGCCUUCGCCGCCGCCGCGACGACGCUGUGCUUGCGGCUGCUCGUUCCCCCCGCGCGCGACCGCGACGGAUGGAUUCCCGCGGUCGCGACGCGAAGGCUCGCGUGGAAAGCGCUUCGCGUCGUCAAGCGCGGCGUCGCGGCUGCCGCGGCGUGUAAAGACGCCGCGGCGACCGCCUCGCUCGCCGAGGCGGCGGCGGCGAUUGAACGCGCCAUCGAAGACCGCGCGACCGGCCCCACGCCCGCGGACGCGCUGCUGUUCUUGGACGCGAUACGAUCCGCCGCGCGCACGGCGACGCGACGACCGGAUUCGCUCGCGUCUUCGGACGACGCGAGAGCGUCCGUAACGUCUCUCGUGCGUGCGUUUGAGGACGCGCUCGAAGCGAGCGGCGGCGCCGUGGACCCGGAGGAGGCGGCGCCGUUUCUCGCGCGCGCCGUCGCCGCGAUCGCGGAGAAGAUCGAGACCGAGACCGACGACGUCGCGAACGACGCCGAUGCCUCUUCACACGCGCUCGCGACGUCGCUGCUCCUCGCCGGGCGCGAGGACGCGCGGCACGCGGCGUGCGCCGCGCUCACGGACGUCCUCGUUGGACCCGCGCACGCGCACCCGGGGGCGGAUUACCGAAAGUCCACGCAUCCGUUUUCGCGCGCGUCCGGCGGCGACGGCGGCGGCGGCGACGACGACGGCGCGCUCGCACUCGGCACGCCUCCAAAACAGCGCGCGACGUGGAACACGCCGCCGGCGACCGCGCCGAAGCCGGCGCCGCCCGGGACGGAAGACACGCAGUUCUCCUGCGACGUCUGCGACGUCUCCCCGAUUGUCGGGCACCGGUGGCACUGCACGCGAUGCGUCGAUUUCGAUUUAUGCGACGGGUGUUACCGCGGCGCCGCGGUCGCGCGCGCGUACCCGGCGACGCACUCGUCGUCGCACCCGAUGAUCGCGUACGAGUGCGGCGCGCGCGGGAACGCGCCGCCGGCCGCGGUCGCGAGCGUCGUGGCCGCGGAGGCGGCGGCGGCGGCGGCGACCGCCGCCGCGGAUGCUCGCGCGGCGGCGGCGGCGCCUUCGGUCGGGAGACUUCAACUCGCGAAACGACUCGCGUCCGCGAAGGACGAAGAUCUCGGCGUCGACCGCGGCACGGCCGAGCUCGCGCCGUACUUUGUACUGCUUAGGAGGCUCGUUGCCGUCCCGGCGUACGCGGCGGUUCUGGCGCCGAUCAUCGCGUCCGGCGCGGAGACCGCGGCGGCGGCGGCGGCGGCGUCGGCGGGAGGCGGCGACCCGCGCGCGACGCAGAAACUUCUCCUGCGCCUCUCCCUGCUGUCCACCGUCCUCGCGAUGGAAAAGCACAAGCACAAGGACGGCGGAGGGAUCGCGCUGUGCCCCGAGUUCGUGUCGAAUCUCCUCGCGAUCGCGCGGAGAACGCACGCGUUCGAGAUGUCAUCCGCGGCGGCGUCCGCGACUGGGGUUGACGUUUCCCCGUCGCUCGUCGUGCCGUCUUCACCGAGCGCGGCGUCGGCCUCGACCCUGAGCGCAGCGAUCGCCGCGCCCGGGUUGAAACCGGACGCCGCCGCGGUCGUGCACUGGGGCGACCCUUCCGCGUCGAACGACGAGCUCGCGGCGGACGCGAACGCGGCGAUCGCGCCCGGGGACUCAGACGAGCCCGGCGUCGCCGGGUUCGGCGCGCUUUUGAACGGAACGCCACCGUUCGGGAUCGAUCGCACGUUCGUUCAAGACACGGGUUCAAACCUCGUCGAAACGAUCGUCAGCGUCGUGCACCAGCUCGUGAAGCCCGGGGAGAAGGAGAAGCGGCGGGAACGCGAGAAGAAGCGCGCGGAGAAGGACGCGGCGGCGCGAGAGAAGACAGCCGCGGCGGCGGCGGCGGCGGCGACGACGACGACGCUCGACGACGACGCGAAGUCGUCGUGGAGCGCGCUCCUGUCCGAAAUCCUCGCGUCGCCGAAGCACAUCACGACGUCGCAGACGCGUCGCAUCGCGCGCAAGCUGUUGCUCAUCCUCGCCGGGUCCAGGGACGACUACCACGCGUCGAGAGACGAGGCGGCGCUCGCGGAUCAUUUCUCGCGCUUCGACGCCGCCGCGAUUCCGACGCCCGGUCCGUGGUACGUCGACCGCGCGCCGUACGCCGCGCUCCUCGCGUCGUCCAGCGCGCUGGCGAUGGCGACGGAGAUCGCGACCGCGCGGCCGAAGAGCUGGCGGCAGUUCACCGCGGCGCGUCCGGAUAUCUUACCGUCGAUCGCGGCGAUCGCGCCGUUCGCCACGGAGAAGACCCAGCUGGGCGUUUUGAAGCUUCUCACGUUCGCGCUUCCCGGGUCCCCGGACGUCGUGCGUCCGCGGCUUCACGGCCUUGGGUGGCUCGGGCGCGGAGACGCGAUGGAUCUCGCGAACGAGAAUGAAACCGACGCCGAUGGAGCGUUACGCAUCGUCGCCCUCGGGUUUGACGCGUUCAUUCGCGACUUUCUCGUGUCGUCGCGUUCGAGCUCGGUUCGCGCCGCCGCCGCCGCCGCCGCGCGCGCGGCGUGGCGGUCCUCGAAACCGAAAUCCAAGGAACGCGAGACGAUCGCGAACGCAUUGUUCUCCAUUCUCCCUUCGCUGACGCCGUACGGCGACGCCGCGGCGGAAGCGAUGGACCUCGCGCGUUGGCUCCUCGCUCGCGACGACGAAGAAGGCGUCGGCGCCUCCGCGGCGAUGUCGUCGGACGUCGUCGAAGCCUUCACGGACGCGACGAUACGCGCGAUUCAAACGCUGUCGUCGCACGACAACGCGCCCGCGUACGCGUCGCUGCGCGACGUCGUCGACCUCAGCGGCGGACAGUACUGGUUAGAGACCGCGCCGGGACUGGCGCGGGCGAGUCUGUGCGGCGCCGGCGGCGACGCCGACGACGCCUCGGCGGAGCCGUUUCGACGAACGAAGAUCGACACCUCGCGCGCGGAGGUGCGAUUCACCGAGCGCGCGAUCGUCUCGAAGCUGUUGAACCGCUCGCUCGUGAAGUCCGUGAUCGUGAACAUUCACAACCCGGGGCGGACGAUCCAGAUCCGACGGCUCGCGAUUUACCGCACGACAUCCGUCGCCGCCGAGGUUUCGAGGCUCCGGUCGGAUCGAUCGACGUGGAAAAAAGUCGCCACGGCGACGAUCGCUCCGGGCGCGACGGAGGCGGUCGUGGACCUCCCGACGCCGCUCAUUUUCGCCGGGUGCGUCGUCGAGCUCACCGCGUUCCACGUGAACCUCCACGCGAGGGCGCAGGAGAUUUUGCAGUGCCCGCGGUGCUCGCGUCACGUCACGGAUAAGCACGGCGUCUGCCGUCACUGCCGCGAAAACGCGCAUCAGUGUCGGCACUGCCGGAACAUCAACUACGAGCACCCGAACGCGUUCGUGUGCAACGAGUGCGGGCACUCCAAGCACGCGCGAAUCGAGAUCACGUUAGAAUGUAAGCUCGCGGGCGGGUACCCGCGCGUGAGAAGCGAAGAGGAAGCCGCGAAAGCGGUCGCGGAGCUCGAAGCCGAGAGCGCGACGGCGGCGAGGGCGAGGGACGCCGUCGCCGCGCUCAAGCCGCAACUUUUACGCGCGCUGCAUCCGCGCGAAGACGACGUCGGCGGCGACCGCGACCGCGACCGCGACCGCGACCGCGACCGCCCGCGCGGCGGCGCGCACGGCGAACGGAGUGUCGUGAGCGUCGACGGCGGCGUGAACCACGCCGUGAACGCCGUGGGGGCGAUGUACGACGGGCGGUGUAAGCUCGCGAGUCUGGACGUCGCCAACGCGGAGAAGCGUCGGAUGGAAAUUCAGGCGUCGUUGGCUGAGUUCGCCUCCUCGCGCGCGGCGGAACGCGCGGGCGACGGCGACGAGGGGAAAGAGAGAAGAAGAAUGCUACCGCCGCUGCUGCCGCCGACGACGCACUACGGCUGCGUCGAGACGUUCGUCGCGCUCGCGCUGCCCGUGUGCGCGUCGCUCGCGUCGCCGCCGCGCGACCGCGACCGCGACCACGGCGGCGGCGGCGGCGGCGGCGGCUUCUUCGCCGCCGCGGGCGCCGCGGCGACGCUGAUCGACCGCGGGUUACACCGCGCGCUCUUGAUCGACGCCGCGAGGUCUGUCCUGCGAUCCACCACCGCGAGAGCCACGGCGAGGGAGCUCAUCGCGUCCCUCGCGUCGUCGUCCGCGGCGGUCGUCGAGGAGAUUUGCGCCGGGAUCGCGUCUCGCGUCGACGCGGCGUUCGCGCGCGCCGGCCCGCGCGGCGCCCUCGCCCCGGAGACCCUCGCUUCCGUGUCCGACGACUGCAGGCUCCUCGAGGAGCUCACGAAGGACAUGGACCUCGAGUCUAAGUUCGGAAUCGACCUCGGCGGCGGCGAGGGAGGAGGAGGGAACGGAUACGUCUCGACGAACGAUCCAGACGCGGACGACGCGUUUCCAUUCUUUUCGGAGCAUCGCGACGGCCUCGCGAGCGAAGACCUCGUCUCGCUCGCGGGCAUCACCCUCGACGAAACCGGCGGCGGCGGCGUCGACGGCGUCGCUCUCAACGACGACGACCCGUUCGCGUCGUCGUCGACGCCGAGUCGACGCGUGGUAAAGCGCGCGCGCGGCGCGAUCCCGCACGCGGCGAAGCUCACGUUGGACCUCGCGCGCCGCGCCGCCGCCGUCGGCGGCGAACGCAACGCGACGCUCUGCGCGCGUCUGAUUCUCCCCGCGCUCGCGCUGCUCAGAGGCCCGGCGUCGUCGCCCGCGGCGUGCCGCGCGCCCGUCGCGCGCGCGAUGCUCGCGCUCGCGCCGCCGCCGCCGCCCCCGGACGCGCGGAACUCGGGUGGGGACGCGACGUCGCUCAUCGUCGCGAUUCGCGUCGCGCGCGCGUGGCGCGACAUCGCCGCGGCGCGGCGAAACCUCCGUCCGGGCGACGGCGUCGGCUCCGCGACGUCCGUGUUCGCGUCCAUCGUCGCGGAGAACGCGCCCGGGAUGGACUGGGACGAGGACGACCUCAGCGCCGUGCGUGGCGCCGCGACGUGGGCGACGCGGCUUCUCCUCGCCCCCGGGAGCGCCGACGUUCGAAGAGAAGCGAGCGCCGUCGCGAGAUACCUCGCGUCGGACGGCGACGUGCAGCGCUACGCGAUUCUCGACGCGGUCGCGCGCGCGCUGCCGACCGCCUGCGCGGCCGCCGCGGACGCGUCCACCGCGCACGCGGACGUCGGCGCGUGCGUCAGCGACGAGUACUUCGAGCUCCUGAGCGCGAUGCUCCAGGAGGACGUCAUCGCGCGGCGGUUCCUCGCGCGACGCGGCGCCGUCGCGGCGGUGGCGGAGCAGCUCGCGAAGGAGACGUCGCGAAUCGCCGCCGCGGACGCCGCGGGCGCCGCGGACCCGGACGCCGGGCUCGUGCUCGGACGGCUCGUGGAUCUGCUCAUCGGUCUCUCUCGCGCGCGCGUCGUCGUGCGCGAGGACGACGACGGAAACGGCGGAGGCGAAGGCGAAGGCGGCGGCUACGAAGAGAUUGAAGACGACGCCGCGAUGGCGGACGCGCUGUUGAAAUCUCCGGGGGCGCUGGAGACGAUUCUGCGAUGCUCUCUCGCGGCGAAAUCGCUCGUCGCCGCGCGCACGGUCGCGACCGCCGCGGCGGAGGCGGACCUUUCAGCGCUCGCGUACCGAGCCGCGGAGGCGAACGCGCGCGCGCACGAGACGCUCGUGUUCGCCGCCGUCGCGGAGGCGCGACGCACGGCGGCACGCGCGGGCUUCGGAUUCGGCGGCGGCGCGGCGGACGCGCCGCGAGCGUCCUUCUCGUCUCUCCCGCCCGCGCCCGCGGGGCACGUCCUCGCCGCGCUCGCGAAGCUCCUGCUCCCGGACGCGAACGACGCGAAAGUGUCGUAUCCGCUGCGGCUCGUCAAGUCGCAGACCCAGGAGGAGUUUAUUCGCGGACACAUGACGAGUAACCCGUACGACGCGUCUGACAUUGGCGCGGAGACGAUGCGGGACGUGAAAAAUUUCGUGUGCGUCUCGUUGGAGAUGCACGGCCUGUGCGACGACGACUUUGGCAUGGAGCUUCUCGUCGCCGGUCGGAUCGUGUCCCUCGAUUUGAGCGUGAAGGACGUGUACGAGCGCGUGUGGAGGAAAGCGUUGGACGACGGCGACGUCGCGGCGCCCGCGCCGCAGCGGCGGCAUCUCCUCGACGACGACGACGAGGACGACUACGAUUACGACGAAGAAGGCGGAGGAUACGCCGGCCUCGGCCACGGCCACGGUCACGGCCACGGUCACGGUCACGGCCACGGUCACGGCGCGAGCGCUGGGACGAUGGUCGUGACGUACCGCCUCCAAGGCCUGGACGGCGAAGCCACGGAGGAGAUGGUCAGCGAACUCGAAGAGGACGAGGGCGAAAAAGCAGACCCGGAGGAAGCGUUCGCCGGUCACCUCUCUCGUGCGCGAGGGCGACGGCCUCGCGCCUUUACUCUCUCUGAUCCCUCUUCUCUCCUCCGGCGCGAACGCGAACGCGAACGCGAACGACGACGCGAACGACGAGGUAAAUACCGGUGAUAACGCAGCAUCCCUCGGCUCGUUGACCGUGAGCGCGGUCGAGACGGGGGCGACGUUGAUGCGCGUCCUCGCUGCCACCGCGGAGCUGCGGCUCAACCGCCGCGCGUUGCUCAAUCUCGGCGCGCUGCCCGUGCUCCUCUCCGAAGCCGCGUCCGUGUUUAGCAUC